AUUAAAUAAAUUCUCGUGAUUCAAUUUAAUUUCCGAUGAACGACAUCACGUGACGUGAGCUCACGUGACCCGUUAGUUAACAUGGCUGCUACCAUUUCCAGCGAACAUUUUACACAUUUACAACUUCUGCUGAAGGCUCCGUCCAAAGAUGCAGUCAGAGACGUCUGUGUCCGCAGUCACAGGGAACCCGGUGGUCGGCUGGCUGAGAGCACAGCGGCCGCACUGAGCAUCUCUACAAGCCAGGCUGCUGAGCUGGUCCACUCGCUCCACGUCCUCUCUCAUCACGUGGUCUUCAACAACCUCAGUUCCCCUGAGCAGAUCCUGGAUCUGUUUCCCACAUCCUUCCACCAAAGUCUGAAGAACCUCAUCACCAAGAUCCUGCUGGAGAACAGUCCAACAUGGAGGACGGAGGCUGCAGGAGUCAACGUCUCUCUCCCUCAGCUUACACACCUGGACUGGAGAGUGGACAUGGUCAGAGGCUCAGACUCUGUGGGUCACAUGUCCGUCCCCACGUGUCUGGUCCAAUUCCAGGUCGAGGAUCCGUCCCCAUCUGCGGGCACAGAGUCUGUUUCCACGGUGACGGUGGAGCUGAGCAGAGAGUCUCUGGACACCAUCCUGGACGGACUGGGACGAAUCAGAGACCAGCUGUCUGUUGUCGCUGGGAAAUAAAUAAUAACCCCUUUUUUUUCUUUUUCUUUAAAAAUCAUUUGCCUCUGCAUUUUGUCCUGUUCAUCCAACCAGCUCAAGUUUUCACUAUUAAAGUUUUUAUAGUUGGUUUA